AUGUUCGACUUGGCUGCCGCUGGCUGGAUGUUAUCAGCAUUACCGCUUGCACCGGAGACGUCACCCGGCGCCGGCACGGCCUCGUUCACGAACGUUGUUGCAGAUGAGGCAGAUCAUCUAGCAGCCAGUAUGUAUGGCGAGAUGGCUGCAACAUACGAAUAUGCAGCCACAACACAGCAAGAACAUACAACGAUAACAUCAAUAAGUAUUUUCGAUGGCAUUUGCAUCGAGCCACUGGACGGCACCGCGACGAAGACAGACAAGCACGCAAUUAUGGGCACAUCCGGAAACGUGAUUGGGAACACCGCUCAGCCUACAGCUCCGAACACGCUCAACACUGCGAACGUCACCGAACUUGGUCUCGAAGCCUUGUACCAGUCCGUUGACGUGGAAAUGCAAAGGCUCGUCGCCGCUCCCGACUUCACGCGGAAGAGCAUUACCAUCGAACCGGCCGUCGAAACAGGAACCGGCAUGCUCCACAGCCCGACGCUUGGCACGCACCAUACUACAACGUCAGAAUCGCUCUCCCAUUAUACAAUGGGCGAGCCUAUCGAUGAUGAAGCCUCGCGGACCUGUAAAGGUCUAUAUGUUGAGUCGAUGGCUGUCAUUAACAACCUCGCAUGGGGCAACACGCAAGCUGAUCUCUUCGUGCAUGAUCCGAUGUCUAUUCUUGAGCAAGAUGCAGCUGAUCUAGAGGCUACGUAG